CCGGGCCAGCGAGGUAGCGAGCAAUUGUCACCGUGUUCCACUUUGCUCUCUCUGACCCUCUGUAACUUCUAUGAUGUUUAGGAAUCAAGAAAAUUGAGUUGUGAUUCAAAUGGCAGUUGCUUGUCUCCGUGCCGGCCUUCGAAGAGGUUCUUCGCUUCUGAAAGAGUCGACUUCCGUUCCUUCCUCCCUCAGGUUGAUUUCUUAUACCCAAGCAUCAAUUCUCUCGCAACCUAGACACUCCACUGCUCCACUCAGUGUAUCAAAGCCUUUAUGGGGUUUUAGAAACUUAAGCCAUGGUUCGGUGAACCUGGUGAUAUCACAAGGGAAACCCAAGUUUGAAACUCAUGAGGUCGAUCCUCCAAAGAAGGAGAAAUGGCAGACAAAAAAAAGGUUUAAAAUGCAGAAGUUGAGAGAGAAGCAUAAGAGAAAGGCAGCUAAUAAGACGGACCCACGCAAGCUUAACAUUAAGGGAAAGAAGAAGCAGAAGUUCGCUAAUGCAGAGGAGAGAAUCAAGUACAAGCUUGAGAGGGCCAAAAUUAAGGAAGCCUUACUAAUUGAAAAACUCAAGCUGUAUGAAGUUCCUAAAGCUCAAGGUCCUGUUGUUAAACCACAUGUGCUUACUGGUGAGGAACGGUUUUAUUUGAAAAGGAUGGCCCAGAAGAGGUCGAAUUAUGUGCCAAUUGGCAGACGAGGAAUAUUUGGAGGUGUCAUUCUUAAUAUGCAUAUGCAUUGGAAGAAACAUGAAACUGUUAAAGUCAUUUGCAAGCCCUGUAAACCUGGACAAGUACAUGGGUAUGCUGAGGAAAUUGCGAGAUUAAGCGGUGGCAUCCCCAUUCAGAUUAUUGGUGAGGACACCAUAAUAUUUUAUCGCGGAAAGGAUUACGUGCAGCCAGAAUCACAAGAUAUGUCACCCAUUGAUACAUUGUCAAAAAGAAAGGCACUCCAAAAGUCGAAGUAUGGGCAAUCACUUGAAUCUGUGAGGCGCUUCAUUGCUAUUGCGGAAAAGGAAUUGGAGCUCUACUACAGGCACAUUGCACUUUAUGGCGAUCCAAAUACUCGGAACCCCAUCUCCAUCUUGGACAGUCCAAAAAAAGGCAUCAAUGAAUCUGGGAAAGCUAACAUGCUCGAAAAGGAAGACCACAAAUCAGCUUACAAUGGUUUUUCAGGUCUUUUAGAGAUGGAAGAUAAUUCCAAAGAUGAGGGUUUAACCGAAAGCGAGUCAGAUUUAGAAGAUGAAUCUGAAGAUAACAGUGCAUCGAAUUUUAAUGGAGAAUGCGAAGAUGGUGUGUCUACGACGCUAACGAGCUCCGGAGGCUUGGGUUCAUCAUCAAUGUUUCAGAGUAGAUUGCAAGUUGAUGAACUAGAUUUUGUAAGACAGAGAAACAAAAAUAAUAUGAUUCGACUUUGAAUGCCUUGAGAAGGAUUUGCCAGACUUGUUACUGUUAGACCAUGGAUAUACCAUAGAUUUAAGAGCUUUAUGAGAAGGGUAAUGAGAAACCUCUCCAUAUAGAGUUGAAAAUCUGUUUGGUUUUAAUUUAUGUUAUUUUAAAUGGUUUUAGAGGUCGAA